AUGGCUGAAUUUGGAAACCUUUCAUCAAAUGGUACUCACUUGCCAAACACAGAAAACCUUUCGUCAAAUGGUACUCACCUGCAAAACACGGUUGAUGUUGUAACUUACUCUGUCGUGGCUUGUUUCGGCAUAAUACUUUGCCUGCUUGGAAUGAUCGGAAAUGCUAUUGUUUCCUGGAUUCUUACAUUCACCCUAAAGAGGACUAAAUAUACUGUGUACAUCCUUAACCUUGCCAUUGCUGACUUUAUCUACCUUUUGUUUGUUGCCGUUCUCCUGCUAUUGAUGGUUGACAAGAUGUUAAACCGCGUAACUCCAACAAGUACAACAUUGUUUGCUUUAGAAAUAAUGUAUGAUUUUGGAUAUAAUGCUGGAAUGCUCUUCCUCACAGCAAUAAGUGUGGAAAGAUGUCUUUCUGUCCUCUUCCCAAUAUGGUAUAAAUGUUACCGGCCAAAACACUUGUCAUCCGGUACUUGUGGGUUGAUCUGGUUGCUGGGUGCUUUUUUAUCACUAUUGGAUAACUUUGUUUGUCCUUCACAGGCUUUUAUGGCCAUGACAAAAGAGUGUACCGGAACCCAGAUAUUCUCAAUAGUCCUCACUUUUGUCAUCAUCAUACCUUUGAUGCUUGUGUCCAGUUUUAUUUUAAUCUACAUCAUUAAAACAUCUUCAAAGAAAUCACGACCACCCAAGAUCUACCUUGCUAUAAUAUUCACAGUUCUGGUUUUUCUCAUUUCGGUGGCACCAAUCAGGUUGCUAUGGUCUUUACUCUAUUUCAAGGCAUUCGAAAAUACAAUGACCGGUCUGGCAUUCUUUUUUGUCACUACCUAUUUUACUUCCUUUAACAGCAGUGCCAAUCCUUUUAUUUACUUCUUUGUGGGCCGACAUAGAAAGAAGAGGUUUGGUGGUUCCAUCAGUGGAGCCCUGAGUCGGGUGUUCAAAGAUGAUGAAACUGAGCAGACAUCUGAUGGGAACACGACUAAUUCUAGCAUGCGCUAAAGGUGCCAGCCAUUCAUUUAGUAUGAAUAUGGGGUUUCCAUUUCUGUAGCACUCUAGCAAAUAAAAACACAUAAGCCAUCAUUUUUUUAU